GAAAAGGAACGGAAGCUAGUUUAGGGGACGUAUUUGGAAAAAGGACGCGCUACUCUGGUUGCCUUCUUACUUCGUUUCUCGGCCGUGUUCCCCGAGAUGUCGGCGUUUCUACCUGUUCGCCCUUUCACCCGCCUCUCUUUUCCCUUUGGAACCCCGGAAGCGUCGGUGGCUGCAAUCGUGCUGCUUGGUGCUCCGCUCCGAACGGUCAGGACAGAAAAUAAUAUUCCAAGAUAUUUUGGCACUAGCACUGUGACCUAUAGCAAGAAAGAUGAGCAGUAUGUUCCAACUGUUGCAAGUCCUGAGAAGACCUCAGAGAACCAAGGCAGAAUAAAGGAGAAUAAGAAAAAAGGCUUGUUAGACAUUAUUAAGGAUAUGAAAGUUGAAUUAAGCACAGUAAAUGUACAAACAACAAAGCCAACCAGCAGGAAAACACUCAAAAGUUUGGAGACAAUUGGCAGGCUUCGAAGAACUCCAGGAAAUGCUCCAAAGAAGGGAAAUGAUUCCCUGAGUCCUGAGUUGGUGGAAGCUGCAUCUGCUGUGGCAGAUUCUCUGCCUUUUGACAAGCAGACAACCAAGUCAGAACUGCUUAGACAGCUCCGUCAGCAUGAGGAAGACUCAAGGGCACAGAAGGAUAGAGAAAAGACUAAAAUUAGGAAAAAUUUAUUCAAGGGGAAGAGGCUUAAUAUUUUUGACAUUGAAACAUUUUCUGAAAAAGCACCUGAAACAGAGACAUCACCUUCUAUUUGGGAUGUGGAAUUUGCUAAGCAACUAGCUGCAGUAAAUGAACAGCCCUAUCAGAACGGGUUUGAAGAAAUGAUUCAGUGGACAAAGGAGGGGAAACUCUGGGAGUUCCCAAUCAACAAUGAAGCAGGUUUUGAUGAUGAUGGUUCAGAAUUUCAUGAACAUAUAUUUUUGGAUAAAAACCUGGAGGGUUUUCCAAAACAAGGACCAAUUCGCCACUUCAUGGAGCUGGUGACUUGUGGCCUUUCCAAAAACCCAUAUCUGAGUGUUAAACAGAAGGUUGAGCACAUAGAAUGGUUUAGAAAUUAUUUUAAAGAAAAAAGGGACAUUCUAAAAGAAAAUAACAUACAGUUUAAUUAAGACAGGGAAAUUUUUAUUUCAAGCUGUUGGAGAUGGAUAUUAUAACUAAAUAAAAUAAUUUUACUAA